AGUGGCAUAUGCGGCAAACUUCACGUCGGUUCGUGUGACAAAUGGGACUAAAAAAUUCACGGAGAGCCCCAAUUGGCGUAAAUUCGUAAAAUUUCCCUCAAUUAAUCAUGAAUUAAGUGUGUCCGUGCAAUAAAAUCAGUUAAGGCUUUGUUCUAACAUCGAGUACUAUGUGUAAUUGAGUGAUUUUCGCGUGGCGAACGAGAUUUUUCGGCACCCUUGGCCAAAGUUGGAGUUUUGUGUGUGGCGUGAAAGUGUCAAAAGAUGCAAUCGAAAAAUUUUCAUCUCUCUUGCGAAACUAGGAAAUAAGUUUUAAAAACGAAAAGUAGUGGGUGUGGGAAGCAUUUGGGAGUUGUCUUCAGUGGUGGUACCCUUUUGUUUCGCAAAUGGCCGAUCGAAUUGGAAUUGUUGCAUCACGAUCGAGCGGUGGUGGAGGCGCCGCCUUGAAGCAAUCACACCAAAACUGCUCGGGGAGUGAUAAACAGCGACAACUGAUAAAUAUGCCACCCAAACCUAAUCAGCUAAUAAGGCCCAAAACUGUGGUGAUUCGACGGCAGGAAAAUCAUGGUUUUGGCUUCACACUGAGACACUUUAUUGUCUAUCCACCCGAUGCAAAUGAGCCCGUGAGGACUGAUCAUCCAACGUUUCAGGUCACAGAACCUAUGGAUACGGUGUUUGUGAAGGAAGUUCGUCCCAAUGGUCCAGCUCAUGUGGCUGGACUCCAAACAGGUGAUCGUCUCUUGACCGUGAAUGGAAUUGCAAUUGGUGGCAUGCCCUAUGCGCAUGUUAUUUCCAUCAUUCAGCAAAUCCCCUCAAUUCUUACACUACAAGUUGUCCCGAAGGAAUGCGAUGUACUUCAAACUUUUUUCAGUGAAACAGCCCAUAAUCCAGAAACAAAUCAACGUCCUCGUGUGUCAAAUCAUCCAACAGAUGCAGGACUCUCGUCGUCAUCUUAUCACCCAACGAGACAAUCAUAUCCAGCUGGUAGUUAUGACCCACAAAUGCACUUUCAUACAUAUCAACCACCUGGACAAUCAACAAGUUUGUAUCGAUCUCACGAACCUUCGGAAGUUGUUUACAAUCCACUAUACAGUGGAGAUGGGGGUAAGGGUACAAAUAGACGUGAAUCUCAACUAUCCACUGUAUCCUCGACGACUGUGUCGUCGUAUGAUUCUCAAGCAACAAACUCCACAACAUCCACGAUAAAGGAACUCACGGAUAAUGCGAUAAUGAUGCGUCUCAAGAAGACUUUUGAGCAAAAGGAAGAAUUCCUGAGGAGACCCAAUCAGCAGCCACUCUUCUCGUGGGUAUCCCCACCCCCAUCACUAGAGGUCAGCACUCCCAAAUUGGCGGAUGGGAGUGUGAAACAGCGGGAAUUCUAUGCGAGACCGAAAAAGAUGCAAAAGCAAGUUUGGCCACCGCAAUCAGCAACAAAUUCCCCCAAUUCAUCUGGUCAAUUUGAUGGGGGAAUAGCUGCGGCUCUUGCACCAAAAGAAGACCUAACGAUACAAUUGGGAAAGCAAUCGUAUGCAAAGUACGAUGAAAAUUCCAUACCGGGGAAAUGUGAUAGACGCCCAUCGAGUGGACAAAUGAAUCAUUUUAUUCCAAUUCAAAAUAAUAAGGAGAAUGAAGUGAGUCACGUGCAGGAGCACAAAAAGUUAGCUAGAGAGCAAUUUUUUGCACAAGAUGAUUCACGUGCCAAGGAUGAAUAUGCAAUGGUAUCCCAUCCGGGACUCCAUAUUGUGUCGGAGAGGACAAAAAUGUUCGAAUCGGGACGCCCAUUGUCACCGGAUGGGAAUUUCCUUGAUCGCACGCAACUGUACAAGAGUGAAUUGAGCCGGUUGAAUAAUAAGGUGGCUGUACCGAAUGUGGCGCACAGAAAGAAGGAAUUUGAGUCGUUGGAGGAGCGUGAUCGAUCGGUGAGCUUGGAUCACUCAGAUCUCAGUCGGAGACUCCCGCGAAAUGGCCAUGUGCCAAGUGAUCGCGACUCAACGUCAUCGCCGUACAAGAGUGCAGAUAUGGUGUCAGAGCGCGGUGAUGUGGUCACCAUGCGACCAACAACAAAGUGUGCAAUUAGUCUCGAUGAUGAGGAGAGGCGCGUGCGGAGGAUAUCGUAUUUGAGAGCCACGGCCAAUGAGGGAUCACUCCACAGUGAUCAAGCCACCGACACCACGAGCUACUCAUCAAUGCCCUCAGAUGUGCUCGAUGACGACAAAUCCCCAUCAUUGCCAUCCACACGACGUAGCAGUCAGCGUGUGAGUGAGGAUUUGGGGAUUCUCCUCUAUCCCGGUGCAAGGCGUGAUUCCAAUUUACUCGAUGUUGUUGGUGGUGAAGCUCAUCAUGCUGGGAAUCUCCAAGUUAAAAUAACACUAAUAGACGGAAAGAGAUCACACGAUCGAUCGUGGAAGAAUAUUUGGGCCGAAUUGGUUGGUCAUAAGCUUAAAAUGAUGAUACAGCGUGAAGGAAAACCUAAUCAGAAUCUUGGGAUAUUGGAUCUAAAGAAUUUCACCGUAGCUGAUGCGAAUUAUACAAAGAGAAAACACGUCUUCAAAUUAAUAUCAAUUCCACCGACGCAUGUAACGACAUUUUCUCCACUAGGACCCACCGAAUUGCUUCUUCAAGCGGAAAACGACUACGAUAUGAAUCUCUGGAGGGAUUUACUGCAAUGUGUCUGUGAUCCGGAAAUGCUUCUCAAAAAGGAAUGUGUUGUUGGGGAUGUUGGGGGACAAAUUGCUGAACCACAGAGUGUAGCUGCAGUGAAGACCAUUCAAACACCAAGUGCAACAAGUGAUGAAAGUUCAGGUGCAAAGAGUGUGUCGUCAUCGAAGAAAUACUACCUUGGUUCACGAUCUCCCUCUGGGCAGUCUCCGGUGACAAAGAGUCGAAAGACACCGCAGCAACUUAACAUAACUCUCCCUACGGCGUCAUCCGGGAGUGGUGGUCAGAAGGAUUUGAGCGACAAAGAGGGUGGUUCACCGAAACCCAAGACAUGGAAGGGUCUUGUAGCGAGGCAAUUGCGAAAGAUUCAGGGACAACCGACCGCGGGGCAGGGUAGCUAUCCUGCUUUUCCAGAGGGUGCAUCAAUAGGGGUGCCACUGUCACACUGUGUUCCGUCUGAGGAAAAUGAAUUUGUUCCCCUACUUGUUGCACGUUGUACGUCAAUUGUGGAACAAAAGGGGCUCGAUAUUGUGGGCAUUUAUCGUAUCCCUGGCAAUACAGCUGCAAUUACAGCUCUCACAGAUCAAGUAAAUAGAGGUUUCGACGAGGCAACACUAACAGACGCCAAAUGGGAGGAUGUUAAUGUUGUAUCGAGUCUACUCAAGUCAUUCAUAAGGAAUCUACCUGAACCAUUACUUCCCAAUGACAUUUAUGCAAAUUUUAUUCUUGCUGACAAAAAGAGUGGCAGAUUGAGAAUGUCCGAAUUGAAGAAUCUCUUGGAAACCCUACCGCCCUUUAGUUAUGAAACAAUGAAGCACCUCCUACGGCAUCUACAUCGUGUUAGCCAGAAUUGUUUGGUGAAUUUGAUGGAGCCGAAGAAUUUGGCAAUAAUAUUUGGGCCAUCGAUUGUGCGAUCAUCGAAUGAAACAUUGGAAACUGCAGUGAAGGAUAUGAAGCAUCAAUGCCGAAUUGUUGAAUCUCUCGUAACACACUAUGGGUAUUUCUUCGAGAGGGACCCCAUUCCGGAUGUGGCGGAGCUGCCUACACCCACGGAAGCUAAUAAAGAAUUAGAUGCACCAACGACAAAUUUACUUCUCGACAAUGUUGCCAAAAUUGAACCAUUUAAAGAGAAGGAGUAUAGCUCGAGAUUUGUGGCCAGUAUUGUACAAGCAGCGAAUAGGAAAAUAAGAAAAUCAACAACGAGAAAAACAGUUCUUUCAACAGGAACACCGGAUAAUCUCUCUCUGGACAGCAACACUUCCACCGAAUCAAAAGACACCGCAUCGGCACUCCAACAUAUGGAACCGAAGGAAUUGGAAAGCUUAAAGCACAGACUAUCGGAAGACGAUUCAAAUGAUUCCACAUUUGUUGAAAAUGGAUCAAUGUCCCUAACCACGGUAACGAUUGCCUUGGACAACAAAUUGAAGUCUCUGCGGUGUUCAUUGGACUCUUCGACACAGGACAGUAGUGAAGUGGAUGCUCCGCUGAGGAGUCAAGCGCUAAGUCUUGGGGAUAAUUUGCCGUAUGCCGAUGAAUCGCCGGAAAGAUCGUUGCUUUCGGUGAAAAUGAAACCCCUACCCAUACCGACUAAGCACAAAGUGCCGUCAAAUUUAAAUGCAAAGAAGGAUAUUGAUGGGACGACCGCGUCAACGGGUGGGGGAAAGGCGGUUGAUGAUGAUGCCACAAGUUCAUCGUCAUCCACAACAUCCGGCGAUACGGACACCUCAACAACAAGUAUUCCCAUUCACAUUGAUUCAGAGGUGUUGCGGAAGAUGAAUAGGAUCCUCACGAAUUUGGAGCGGAACACCACAAAGAUGAAUCGAUCGUUGUCGCUGAACUACAAAAGCCAGCAAAAAGGUGGCGAGUGCUGUUGUCAUGUGAAUCAUCGGGUGAUCAAUCGCGUACCACUGACCAAAGAUGAGAAGACUGACAAGAAUAUCAACAAGAAACGGCACUCCCAGGAGACAAAAGGGCACCACCACAGGCGGUAUGACAAUCGUUCCAUACGACGGAGACACACUGUCGGUGGGACGCACGAUUAUUCACCCAAAUACAUUGAGCGCACAGGAAAUACUCCAAUGGACAACUACAGCACACCAUGUCGGAAUUAUGUGAUGCGAAGGAGUAGCUCGCCAGAGUAGCAAUUAGGAGGAAGAAGGGUAUUAACAUGCAAUGAGUAUUCUUUUUGAAAGUUAUUGAAAAUCUCUCUUUUUUGCCAAACAUUUUCCUCUAUUGAAAUUCAUUUAGUUAUUUUUUUAUUAUGGAAAAUUUAGAAUAUUAGGGGUGGAUUCUGAUAAAAAUCUUUUCUUUUCUUUUCUAACAACUUAAAAGUUUGUUGUAAGAUUUUGACAGAUUGAGUUUUUAAAUCAUUCCAUUGUGGUUCUAUAAAAGAACAACAAAGAAUGAGUUAAAGAGCCAUAGAAAAGCAAUUUUCUUUCAAAAAUCUGUUUCGAAGAAAGAGAUAAAAUGUCAAAAUCAUAAAAGAUUUUUCCCGGAACACCAAAAAUCUUAUAACUAACAAAUUGUAAGGAAAGAAAGGAAUAGAUUUUUAUUAGAAUCUACGCCAUAAUUGGCUUUAAAUCCUUAAUUGAAAAUAUUUUAUAUUCUUUUUUCUUAAAAUAUUUAGAAGGAUUUCAUCAACAACAAUGGUAAAAGAAUAGAAUCAAGCUUUGAAUAAAAUAUCCAUCUCCUUGCUUCAGUCAUAAUAGAUCAUAAAAAGGCAUCUUAUAAAAUUAAUUUAUAAAGAAUAAUUAAUAGAAAAAAAUUGUAAAGUUUAGAAAGAAAAAGAAAACAUAUCUCUAUGACAUACUAAAAAAAUUAAGAGAAACUAUUUUUAAUACAAAAAGUUGAUAAACAAGUGAGUUAAUAACAUUCAAUCCAAGAAAUCAAAUGGAAUAUGUUUUGAAAUGGAAGAAAAUCGAAUAAUCUUCAAUCAAAGUAAAAUAUUAUGGAUAAAAAACAGCUUUAUUGUAGCAGAAAAAACAGUUUUUGAGAGAGAAAAUGAUUGAGGUGAAAAAGGAAAAAAUUCCUUUCAAGAAGAAUACUACCUACUACCAAGUUUUUCUACGUAAAUUCUACUUUAAUUCAAUAUAAUUCCUUAAUUUCCCUCGUGGAAACUUCAAUUUAUUUUGUUCUUAUAGCAGUCAAGUCAUUCAGAAUGUCCAAGAGAAAUGUAAAAUAGAAAAUAAUUCUUCGUGAUUUUUGUGACGAAAAAAAAAUGAGAUUUUUGUGUGUUUUUUUUUGUGCAAUGUGCAAAGACAAUGACAAUGAAUAAUAAUGUGGGUUUAUUGAGGAAAAGAAAAGAAAAGAAAAAUAUAGUAAUUCCACCGAAAUUGAGAUAUAAUUCCUCAAAAUCGAAGAGGAUGGUUAUCAAAUAAAUGUAAAACCAAUGAUGAUGAAAAUAUGAUUUAAAUUAAAAAAAAAAGAUAAUUUCACAACCUUAUCUUGCCCAUUUCAUUUAGUUUAGUUUAGGGAGAUAUAGAGAAAUAAAAAAAAGAAAGCUAAAUGCUAAAAUAUUGACUAUUUAUGUGAAAAAAAAUAAAUUAAAUAAAAAAAAUGCUAAGGGGGAUGCAUUAAAAUAUGGUUUUUGGAUAAAAAAUAUUAUUUUUAUUAACUUGUAAGCUUCAUUAGUAAGAGCGAUGAAAAAUUUGUGAUAAUUCUUUUUUUUUGUUACGCAGCUUAUUUAAAUCCCCAUUUUUCCCUUAUUUUUCGGAAGUUGUAGGCAAGAAAAAAAAUAAAUUAAUUAAAAAAAUCUAGUGACGCAAAUCCCAAAAUGAUUUCUACAGAGAAAAAAAAUUAUGCUACAAAAAUCAUGUUUAGAUAGAGAAAGAAAAUUUAAAAAAAGAAAGAAUAUUCUAAAAUAUUAAAAAUAAAAGAAACUAUCAAAGAGCUAAAAUAAAAUCAUUUAUAGCGCAAAUACUUUGGCGGAAAUAUGCGAAAGACAAUUCAUUAGUGAUGUUUUUAGAAAGAGAAAAUAUCUAAAGGAAAUCAAAUAAAAAAAAUAAAUAUCAUAUAUUUUAAAAUUACAUACAUACCCAGAUAGAAAUAUUCUUUAAUCUCUUUUUUUUCUAAUAAGCCAGAAAACAAACUAUUUUUGUAGGGUGUAAAUACAAAGUGGAUAAUCAAAUAGAAUGAAAAGAAUAAAAA